CGCUGCUUUCAGUUGGCUCGGUGCUCUCGACUCGCAAACGACGCGGCUUCACUCCGAAGUGCGUGUGUUUUAUUCUGUGUGUUUGUUGCCUGUUGUGGCAGAGUGCGACGUAUUGGUGUGCUUCUAUUUGUGUGUGUAUGCGUGAGAGGGCGCCAAGUUAUUGUGUCUUUAGCAACCAGCAGCAGCAACAGCAACAGUGAGAACCAUAAACAGCAACAUUAAACCACCUGCCACAGCGCGUUGAUAUUUUCAAUAGCAAUAAAAAAACAGACAAAAAGCAACAGCAAAAGCAAAUAUACACAUAAACACACUCACGCACAAAGCUGACAGCCACUUCCCACUGACAAUUUGCAUAAAGAAGAAACAACAACUAGACAGCGAAAUUGUCGGAAGUUGUGUUUAAACAGCAUCUGCACCAAAGGAAAGCGAAAUAAAUUCGCUGCGCGCAUAAGUAGGCAACAGUUUUUUGUUGUUGCGGCCCACAAUGGAAAUGGAUGUCAAUCGCCAGGCACAACACAAUGCCAACCUAAUGACCAUAUCCGCCCGCUGUUGUCCCACCAACAACAAUGCAGCAACAGACACAACAGAAGCAGCAACAACAGCAACAACAACAACAACAGCCACGUCUUCGUCUUCGUCGCCCUCGUCGUACGGUUGUUGCGGCAUCUUGAGUCGCCUGUUCUGCGUGAGUCGCCACAAGGCGACACGCUUGGUGGCAGGCACUGAAUGCAGCCAAACCGAAACGCUAUUCAUGCAACGCAAAACACUAACGACUCAGCCAACGGCAGCAGCAUCGCAGCGACGUCGACGCACCCCUCAAGAAAUCUAUUUCGAGAGUCGCGGCAAAUCCUGCAAGAAGCUAUUGAAAUUCAAUGGCAAUUCCAAUAAGAUAUUGCUGUAUCCUGAAGAGGGCUGGGCGCGCACCGCCUCCUCCAGCUACUGGACCAUCACGCCCUGCUGGUGGCAGCCGAAUCGUUGUCGCAUUGUCGAAUGUUCUGGCACGCAACGGCAGGCAACCAGAGCAAGGAUGUUGCCCAUGGAGCAGCAGGGUUCGCUGCUGAUUGCCGGACACUUUCGCAGGCCGCCAAUAACAGCGACAGGCGGUGCAACAACACCAGCAACAGCAACGCCACAAGGCUUCCGUGAUGAAGGGAAUGGAGAUGGUGCGAGAGGAGCGGCGGGAAAUGAGAGUGGAAGCUGUAGUAGAGCGCAGUCAAAGUCAAAAUCACAGAUGGCUUACAAUGAUGAGUUCAAACUGUAUUUGACAUCGAACAUCUCGAUGGAGGACUACAACAUGGGCUACUGCCUCACUGGAUUCGUCGAGCGUCGUUGCCAACAGACAAACACCUUUCAAAUGACACAUUUUGCUGUAAUCAAACGGCAAUGGCCACCACCGUCCAAUCUCAGCAACUCAUAGGCAGGCAGACAGGCAGCCUUGCGAGUAAACCAAGCCAAAUACCCCUUAAUACGUACGUCAGUAUUGAAAGUCCACUCUGUUUUUGGACUAACUAAGCAUAGCUCUUAAGUAGUCCAAUUUGCAACAAUUUGCUGCAACUCUCUGGCCUCGUCAUUACGCUGAACAACUACUAGUGUUAUGGAGCCAUGGAGCAAUAAAAAGUUACAAAAAAAAAAACAAGAAAAGACUAGCAGCGGCCGAAAAAAAAUUACAAAAGUUAGAACGUACUAAUUACGCCAGGCUGAAAGUUUCCACUUCUCCUUUAAUUUUUGUUAAAUAUUUCUAUGUGUGUAUUAGUGCGUAAUGUGUAAUUUUAACUAAAUGCUCUAGACGUGCUUAAUUCGUGUGCUUUCAAUGUUAUAUGGUAUAAACUACGAAACUGAACAAAACUAAAUAGCAAACAGAAACAAAAUGAAAAAAAAAAAUAUAGCGAGACCAAAAAAAUAACUUCGUUAUGCCGAAGCCGAAAUAC